AUGGGGAACAGUAAACAUGUAUAUUUUAUAGCUGCACUAAUUGCAUAUCUACUGAUGUUAACUUUGAAUCUCUCAUUAAUUCUGCUAAUACUUUUUGAAAAAAGCCUGCAUGAGCCUAUGUACAUUUUUCUAUGCAAUUUGUUGAUUUGUGCACUUGUUGGCUCCACAAAUUUUUAUAUAAAAUUACUGAUUGACCUUCAGACAGAUGUUCCUGUGGUUUCUCGUUUAGUUUGUUUCACUCAAAUUUUUUUUCUUUAUAUUUAUUUCUCUGUUGAAAUUACCAUUUUAACUGUCAUGGCAUAUGAUAGAUUCAUAGCAAUAAAUGUUCCGUUGCUAUACAGUACAAUCAUUUCAUAUGCAACAGCUCUAAAGUUAAUUAUUCUGGCUUGGAUAUAUCCAAUUUGUUGUGUAAGUAUUUUGAUAUCACUGUCUAGCAGUCUGAAGUUAUGUGGAAAUACCAUUAACACAGUGUACUGUAAUAAUUGGGAAAUUGUAAAGUUGUCCUGUACAGACACCAGCGCUAAUAAUGUUUAUGGAUCAGUGGCUUUUGGUAUGUUUUUAUUGCCUAUACUCUUUAUUUUAUAUUCAUAUAUAAAAAUCCUUGUUUUGUGUUGGAAUAGCUCCAGAUCUCAUAAAUGGAAAGCUUUUCAAACGUGCCUUCCACAUUUGGUUACAUUCACCAUCUUCUUAUGUUCUAUAGUAUUUGAAAUAAUAGAGAGCCGAUUGCACUUGAAAAGAACAUCAGACGUGGUCAGUACCAUUGCUUCUUUGGAGUCUGUAAUAAUUUCCCCUCUUUUAAACCCUUUAAUAUAUGGAAUUAUUUUACCUGAAAUACGCAGAAGAAUUAUCCAUGUAUUAUUUCCUGGUAAAAAACAAACAUUACAACAUAGAUAA